CAACAGGGUUCUAGAACGUUAAGAAAUAACUGAAAAUUCCGGGUGUAAAUUUUACACUAUCACCGAGCGCAUACACUUCCCUUUCUCUACACAAAUUUUCUCUGAAGAAGCCGGAGAAAAGUCGAGGGUACCACGCCGUCCUCCACCUCGAUAAAACUUUUUUUCUCUCACCCCCCUCCCUUUCCUUCUCUUCCCUCCCUGUUCUCUUUAGCCAGUCAGAGAGGUUCCUUUGGAGAUGCUUACUGGCCGAAGUCUACUCACAGCAGCCUCCCCACGUCCCCUAGGCGACUGACUGGAGCAACACGUGAUGCGCUUUUACUUAUCAGGUUUAGGAGAGAGGAGAGAACAGCGCUUUGAGGACGACCGGAGAGGAUAGCGAAAUAAAGUGCUUUUCCUCUCGCCUCUCAACUCUUUUUUCUGUUUUCCUCUUCAGGAAUUCAGAGAAAAGAGUGAGGGCAACAAAGUUGUCGAACUUUGCACAUCCUCAGAAACGCCAUUUUGAUUCCUCUCCGGAACAACUUUGCUGCUUCUUUUUUCUCAACCCAUCAUCACCAGUCACCAUCAUCAGUAUGUCUCGGCGCAAGCAGCCCAACCCCAACAAAGUCAAACGUGGUCUCUGUGCUCUCUCUGCAGUGUAAGCAGAGCGCGCUGACACGCCCAGUGGGCAGGCAGGCGGGCGAGAGGUGGGACUCCUCCUACUCGCCAUCCCAAGCCACAUCCCCUCGCCACACACCCCCAAGCUCCGCCCUCGACCCCGCCUCCGAGCCCAGCUGCGUUUUCGCCCGGGUCUCUGGACGGUGAUGGAGACCGCUUCAGAGCGUCCAGGGGGAGGAGCCACUAAGGAGCUGACCUCACAGGAGGCGGAGCUUUCUGUGCAACAAGAGAACUCAGACUCCACACACAAUGACCUUACAGGGAGCAACGGAGCCAUGGAGGAGGAGGAGGAGGAGGAGGAGGAGGAGGAAGGAGGACUGAACCGAGAGAACGGGAGGGAGGAGAUGGAAGGAGGGGACGGAGGUGUGGACCUCUCCUCCAUCAACGCCAUGAUGACCACGGUGAUGAAUGCCAAUCAGCUCAACGGAGUUGAAGGCCCCACCUCCGCUAGCUCCACCCCCAGCAAGACCACGCCCACCAGAGCCCCGAGCAUCAGCCGCAACGCUCGGAAGAACCAGGAUGCCAAAGAUGACAGUUCAGCCUUUAUCUGCCCGCUGUGUGAAAAGAACUGUAUGACCCAGCACGGCCUCACCAUGCACAUCAGACAGCACAACUCUGAGAACGGAGCGACCGAUCACUCCUGCAGUAUCUGUGGGAAGGCCCUGAGCUCCGCCUCCUCGCUGGACCGCCACAUGCUGGUGCACAGUGGAGAGAGGCCCUACAAGUGCUCUGUCUGCGGACAGACCUUCACCACCAACGGCAACAUGCACAGACAUAUGAAGAUCCAUGACAAGGACCCUGUCAGCGCGUUACCCAUAAGCCCCCCCUCGCCCACUAAACGUAGACGACCCUCUGCCAAGAGGAAGUCAGGGUUGGAGGAGGAACUGGAGAGAGACGAGCCACCUAACAAGAAGGUGCUGGAGGAGAGCCUGCUGGAGGACCUCACCAGAGGAGAGGAGGAGCCAGUGCCCUGUCCCAUCUGCUUCAAGAACUUCAGCUGCAAAUAUGACCUGGAGAACCACAUGGACACACACCCCGACACCACUCUCAGGUGUGACCUGUGUUGCAUCUCGUUCCGUACCCACCGCGGCAUGCUGCGCCACAACGCCGCCAUCCACAAGCUGCUGCCCUCUGACCCUAGCGGACGCCCCUUCAUCCAGAACAACCCCUCCAUCCCCACCGGGUUCAACGAUCUGGCUUUCAUCGACUUCUCCUGCCGCAAGUUUCCCCACAUCGCACAGGUGUGGUGUGAGACUAACCUGCGUCGCUGCACUUCCAAAUUCCACCGCUUUGUCUGCGAGUCAUGUGACAAAGCCUUCCCCCUCCGCUCCGCUCUCGACCUCCACAAGACCACCACCCACGAGCAGGAACCUACUGCCCCCACCCCCACCCCCACUCCUGCCAUAACUACCCCAGCCACUCAUGACGCUAGUGAGACCUCCGACCCGGAAGUCCCCUCAGCAGAGGGCCUGCCCCCUCAGCAGGCCAACUUCAUGUCAUCCCUGGGGCUGCAGCACGUGUCACAGGUUAAGCCCCUCCCCUCGGAGGAGGCUGAGCGGCAGGCUCAGCUGGACAGCAUCAAGGUGAUCCACGUGGAGCCCCCCCUCUCCUCCCUGCCCCAAGAGGCUGCGGCAGCAUACCUGGGGGGCCUGGCUGGCCUGGGGGGCCUGGCAGGGCUGGGGGGGCUGGCGGGGCUGGGGAUGCCCCUCCUGGAGGCUGUGGCCUCCUCCUCCUCCUCCUCCUUCCAGGCUCUGUCCCAGAGGGAGGCCCUCAGCCUGCUCUCCCUGCAGCCCUUCCAGGGAGGCUUCCUCCUGCAGCCGGAGGGCAGCGCCGUGGCCAAGCCCGUCCGUGGAGAGGGCGGGAUCAUGGAGCUGGCUGACAUACAGCAGAUCCUCAAGGUGGCUGCCGCCGCGCCCAAUCAGAUGGGGCUCCUCCCACCACUGGCUAAGGCGCCUGGAUACAGUGGAGGGCCCCCCCCGGGUCAUGGUCAGAAGGCCAUGCCCCCCCUUAAGCCCAAGCCCCUGGUGACCCCUCGCUCCAGCCUGAUGGCCUCCACGCCGCCCCCUCUCCAGAGCACCCAGCUGGCCUCCCUGGGCUGCAUCAGCCCCAGCCUGCCCCCACCCACCCCCAGCCACCUCCACAAGACCCCCCGCCAGACCUCCUCGUCCUCUUCCUCCACUUCCUCUCUCGGAGGACAGAUGGAGGCCGAGUGCAUGGGCGACGCCCACAUGCCGCCCGACUCGACCGAGACGCAGAUCAAACUGGAGGAGGCGGGGGGCCCGGGCGGAGCGGGCGGAGCCGGGAAGAAAGCGGGCAGCGGGAAAGGCGCGGGAGGAGGAGGAGCCAAAGCCAUGUACCCGUGCCGCUUCUGCGACCAGGUGUUCGCCUACUCCGGGGUGCUGCAGGCCCACAUGCGCUACCACCUGGGCAUCCUGCCGCACCAGUGCAACAUCUGCGACUACGUGGCGCCCGACAAGGCCACGCUGAUCCGCCACCUGCGCACGCACAGCGGCGAGCGCCCCUACGUCUGCCGCGUCUGCCACUACCCGUUCACCGUCAAGGCCAACUGCGAGCGCCACCUGAGGAAGAAGCACGCCAAGAACUCCCGCAAGGAGAUCGAGAAGAACAUCAAGUACGUCACCGCCACCACCGGGCCCGGCGGGAACGUCACCACGACGACCACCACCCAGGAAGCCCUGGAGCUGGGCUCGUCGGGGGAGACGCUGUGCCGGUUCUGCGGCGAGGACCUGAAGACGUACCGGGCGCUCCAGAUCCACCUCAGGACCCACAACGGCUGCCAGAGGAAGCCGUUCGAGUGCCGGCGCUGCGGAGCGGCGUUCCUGGCCAAGAGGAACUGCAUCCACCACCUCCUCAAGCAGCACCCGGAGGUCCAGGAGAGGGAGAUAGAGGAGCACAUCGCCACCCUCAUGCCCGCUGCCACCACUGGCACCACACUGGUCCCCAACGGCCUCCCCCCAGCCCCCUCCUCCUCCUCCUCCUCCCUGCACUCCUCCCUGCCGGCGGUGAAGGUGGAGGACCUGAGCGUGUACCAGGUGCCGGGGGUGCUGGACCAGCCCCUGGACUUCUCCAACAAGAGAGGAGGUGGAGGCGGGGGGAGCGAGGGCAGCAGUCUGUCUGGCAGCCUGUCGGAGUCUCCUGGGAUCAAGAUGGAGGCUCUGUCCCCCUGCUUUGACGCUCCGCUGGACCAGCCCAUCGACCUGUCCAUCCCCAAACACCCCAGAAAGAAGCUGCGCACUGAGGCCCCCUCGGGAGGGGACAGGAGGGAGAUCAAGAUGGAGCAGAGCUCCCACAGUAUCCUGGAGCUCCAGCUGCAGGGGGGGGAUGACAGAACAGCGCCCCAGCCCGGCUGUUACCAGCACCCCCUCAACACCAGCCUGAUUGCCUCCGGACGAGGCCCCAGACUCAAGCCUCUGCUGCCUAAACCAGCAUCGUCCUCCUCAUCCUCGAAGGAGCUUCCUCCCCUGGCCUCCAUCGCUCAGAUCAUCUCCUCUGUGUCCGGACCUCCAGCUCUUCUGAAGAGAGAGGCCAGUCUGGACACCAAGCUGCCCAGCGGCCUCACCCCUAUCCUGGGCACCGAGGCGGCUGAGCUCCAUGGCGGAGGGCUGGAGAAUCCUGACCGGGCAGCAGCCCCAGGCGAGGACACCAUCCAGCCACCAGGGGGCACCACUGCCAAGAAGAGAGGCAGGAAGAAGGGCAGCCACGUCGGACGGCCCGCUGCGUCCGCACACCCCAAGCCUGAGCCUGGCAUCAACACUGGCAGUGGCAUCGACUUGGAGUCCAGCGGCGAGUUUGCCAGUGUGGAGAAGAUGCUGGCGACCACCGACGCUAACAAGUUCAGCCCCUACCUGCAGACCGGCAUAGGGGAGCAUGUAGGCCGGAGGGAGGGAGGAGAGGAGAAGGAGGGGCAUGAGGAGAGUAAGCGCUCUCCAGGGGCAGCUAAAGGAAAGAAGAACGCCUACUCUAACUCUGUGCAGAAGAUGACCUGCCCCUUCUGCCCGCGAGUCUUCCCCUGGGCUAGCUCUCUACAGAGACACAUGCUCACACACACAGGCCAGAAGCCAUACCCGUGUCCCAAGUGCGACGCCUUCUUCUCUACCAAGUCGAACUGUGAGCGCCACCUACUGAGGAAACACGGCGUCACCAACCGCUCACUGCGGCGCAACGGCUCCGUGGGCAAGGGCAAAGACGGGGAUGACGGCUCGCACGACAGUGGAGAGAGCCAAUCAGAUGGUGAGAUGGGGGGCAUGGAGGCUGUGGAUCUGAGCAGUGGGGAGCAGGGCCAGAGACCAGGCUCCAGGAGCAACCUGGACCUGGGCCACGAGGCCCAGCACGGGGCAGCAGAGAGAAGAAGCGGCCCUGGUCACAGCCACAACCAGUCGAGCCUCCACACUGACGACGAGGACUCCCAGAGUAACAAAAGUCUGGACCUCAACUUCGCCAGCAAGCUCAUCGACUUUAAGUUCUCCUCCGGGGGUGGUGCCGAGGCAGGGGGCCAGAACUCCCAGUCCUCCUCUUCCUCCUCUUCGUCAUCGUCCUCGGUGGCGGGGGAGGAGCUGGAGAGAGCCGGCCAAUUGCAGGAGUCGGAGGUGAAGCUCAGCUGUAAGGUGUGCAAGAAGAGCUUCCGCUACGCCGCCACGCUCGCCCGCCACGAGAGGGCACACCUGUGCGAGGGGUCGGAGGUCGGGUUCUCCCUGAACUCCUCCGCCACCGUCACGCCACCCGCCGAGGACGAGGAGCUGGAGGAGGACGAUGACGAGAUGAAGGGAGACGGGGAGAGGGGGAGCGAGGGAGGAGAUAGCGACUCGGAGGGGGAAGAGAAGGAGAAGGAGGAGCGAAGCGACGAGGAGGAGGGCGGGGCGUCGGAACCAAAGAACAGCGAGGGAGAAGCCGGGGGCGGAGCCGGCAAGGCGGACAAGAGGAAGAAGAUCUGCAACGUCUGCAGCAAACGCUUCUGGUCUCUGCAGGACCUCACCAGGCACAUGCGCUCACACACAGGUGAGCGUCCGUACCAGUGCCAGGUGUGUGAGCGCACCUUCACCCUGAAGCACAGCCUGGUCCGCCACCAGCGGAUCCACCUCAAACCGCGCAGCGCUGAGGGGCUGGACGCCGGCGAUGCGGCUGGCUUGGGCGUGGCCGACGACGAAGGCUACAGCGGGCGCUCGGGCAGCGAAGGGGAGUUCACCCCCACCAGCACCUGCCCCCCCUCGGAGAACGAGAGCGAGGGCCUGAGAGAGGAGGGGGGGGAGCACAGUCCACAGAAGGAGAGGCCCCAGUUUGGACCAGGAACCCCAGCCAGUGAGCUAGUGACAGAGUUUGAACAGCACUCGGAACCACCUUCAGAACCAGAGCUGGAGCCGGCUGAGCAUGCUUCUGAGAGUGGGUCUGUGGAGGAAGCCUUGGAACCUGCCGCAGACACACCCACUGACCCAGAACUCUCCACCGACACAAGUGUAGAACUCGCUGCAGACACAGCUGCGGAAGGUUCUGCAGGCACAGCUGCAGAAGGUGCUGCAGACACUGGUGCAGAAGGUGCUGCAAACACUGGUGCAGAAGGUGCUGCAGACAGUGUUGCAGCUCCGGACACGGCUGCAGACAGUGUUGCAGCUGCAGACACGGCUGCAGACAGUGUUGCAGAUGCAGACACGGCUGCAGACACGGCUGCAGACACGGCUGCAGACACGGCUGCAGACACGGCUGCAGACACGGCUGCAGACAGUGUUGCAGACACGGCUGCAGACAGUGUUGCAGACACGGCUGCAGACACGGCUGCAGACACGGCUGCAGACAGUGUUGCAGACACGGCUGCAGACACGGCUGCAGACAGUGUUGCAGACACGGCUGCAGACACGGCUGCAGACACGGCUGCAGACAGUGCUACAGUUUCUAAACCAGAACCCGCUCAAACAACGGAACCAGCCCCAAAGACUCUUGCUGACCCCGCCCCCCAAGCCCCAGCUACUGGCGUGACAGCGGAGAGCUCCAAAGAAUCCUCAUCCUUGUCCCCCAUUGCUGCCCCUGAGAUGGCCCCCUCUGCCCUCUCCACCCCCAACCUCCCCUCAGAAGGCUUCAUCCAGGGCCUUCUAGAGAUCCACGCCAGCCCCUCCCUGGAGCACAUCCUUCCCAGCGGGGAGCCGCCUCUGGUGGGUGUAGAGUGAGGCAGCCGCCCCCACCUUCCUUUCCCGCGUGUCCCUAUGCAGCGGGGGUCUCCUGUGGGACACCACAGUGCCAUAUGAUGGAGGUUCUCCUCCAGGAUGCAAAUCCUCUGAUCCAUGCAGAGAAACUUUGCCUCCAAGUGCCUUAACUACUACACCUGUGGGUUGAUCAGCUGUUUUGUUGUUGUAAUUUUUUGCUAUAUCUUUAUCUACAUUUACCCACCUGGAGGAUCUAAUUUUUUAUAGCUUUUUAUGAUGAUGAUGAUGAUUUACAUAAUUUUUUGUCAGGGCCGGGGAUCUUGCUAUACUGCGAUAAAUUAAUUAUUGAAUAAUAAGCAAUAUAUGGAUGAGUUUAAUGUUGGCUGGUGCUAAGGCUCUGUAAAAUGGAGGGAGCAGCCGUCUGUGUGUGUGUGUGUGUGUGUGUGUGUGUGUGUGUGUGUCACCCUGUGAUGGGGAGCCUGAGCUAUGUAACUGGAAACACACAUACGAUCACAGAGAGGUAAUCUUAGUUCUACUUCCUGAUACUGCGUUGAUGUAUUCUAUGGAGCAACCUAUUGUUCUGGUGAGGAUGUUUGGUUGGCCGACAUUGCAGUUAGUCAGCUUUUGGAAACAACAGGUAUGAACUCAUUUGAUCAUGCGUGUGUCAGAGCUGGGGGAGCCAGGACGUCAGACGGGGAUUUGAACCCAGACUAGAGAACAGACAGGCCUCAGUUGAACCUUGUUUUCUUUUUUUUUUCUUCUUUUCUAAUCACUUUCUUCUCUUUGUGAUGGCUCAGCUCGUUCCCUGGACACAAUAUGGGCAAUAUUUGCCCCUGACCGUGUGUGUGUGUGUGUGUGUGAGACGGUGUGUGUGGAUCACAAUCAGGAUCAUUCUCAGUCUGUUCUAUGACAGUGUGCUAUGAUGGAAUAUUCUCACUGUGUGUUGUUGUGAGCAAUUAUGGUUUAAUUUUACUUCACAUGAACAAAAGGGCUAGGUGUGUGUGUGCAUGCAUUGCUCACCUCUCUGUCGCCCCCUACAGUCUGAAUGAAAGUAUCUGACAUGGGGUCAGGGAUAGGAGGGUUCGAGUCUUCCAUACUUGUUGGCCCAGACAAGCAGGAGAAGUGAGGGUAUUGGGGGUGGUGUAUCAACAGUGAGGUGGAACACUAGUUAGUUGUUUUGUUUGAAUCGUUUAUUGUUUAUUUCCUAGUCUUGUGUACUGGAACCGUGUCGCCCUGCUGCCCAAAAUCUUAUAUUUCAGAAGGGGGUAAAAAAUGUCCCCCAACGACACAGACAGGAUUCUUUCUUCUUUUUUUUAUGUAUCUACAGCUACAUUUGCUGUAUAUUCAUUUCUUUCUUUUUUUUACAUAUAUAAAGGAACCUCAGAAGUAAACAAAUCAAACCUCAAGGCUCAUAAUGAACUGUCACCUAGGCAGAAGCAGGAGGUGGUGGUUCGGCAGGGGGGCGGAGGGAUACGGAGCUUAAACAGACCUUCCUCCCAGCGUGCUGGAACAUGGACUGCUGCAGCCUGAAUGGCACUAACCAACCAACAAACUACUACUAUGAUGAUGACGAUGAACGACAAUAAACAGCAACGCAAUCAUUGAGAGGAACAGAACAGAGGCGGCCUGAGAGAGUGUUCUGAACAGAGUAUUAAAGGAGGGCAGUCCACAUGCAACUUUAAGGACCAUUCUCUUGUCCCCCACAUGGCAACAGGGGAGACUAGUGGUGCAUUAUGGGAUCACGCCCUGGCGCUUGGACGCUGCUGGCAUCGGCAGGACAGACGGGCAGAAUGCAGAAGCGAUCUUGGAAACCAUAUGGACUCAGCUACUCGCUCCAUCCUUCUCACUCUCCAUUUCUUUUUUUUACCUAUCAUUUCCUCUGUUUGUGUGUGUGUGUGUGGGGGGGGGGGUGGGGCUAAGAAUGGCUGGAGUCUCCAUAAGGAUGCAUGAAAUGAUGGACUGGUUUUAAAUGUAUUUAUUUGGAGCCUGAGUGAACAGUCAUAUAAUAGAGAAGUCAGGUGAGUCAGAUCCCUCAGAGACAGAUAUUGAUCUGGGGAUGUUCGUGAAUUAGCAAUAAUCACUAUUAUUGAUCCUAAAGCUUUAUGUAGAAAUGGAUCUGUCUGCGAAUGGAUGACUGGUGGGUCUAUCAUUAUUUUGUUGUUCAUUAUUUUUAGUUUUGGCAAAUAAAUGAUUUUCUUUCUCUCAGAUAUAUAAAGACGUAUACAACUGUGAAAUCUAUUGUGUUCAGUUAAAAAGGUGAGUUUAUAGGUUAGGUUUUCUUUUUUUUUUGCAUGUUAACCGUAAUUUGUUCACUUAUGGAUGUUUUUUGUUUCUUUUCUCUAUCUGUCUUUACUUAGCUCUCAGGGUCUCCAUACAAUUCAUAU